CUCCGGCGGUAUUUUUGAUUGUUUGUUUGUUUAGCUCUGCCUAGCGGAGCGUUUAUACUUAGCAACCAAAACAAACAAGACUUGUUGUUGUCUCUUUCAACAACAUGAGUCACAGUUUAUAAUUCAAUGUAAAGAGCUGCAGAGCUUCUUGUCAGAUCAGUUAUUUUGAAGUUAGAUAAACUUCAGAAUGACCUCGGGUGCUCUGAAAAAGAAAAGUUACCUGGGACAGCACCAGAUCAAGAAGAAGACGAGAUGAACUUAUUGUGAACACAGCAUCCUAGGCAACAAUGAGCCACCGGACGGAGAAAUGCUGUUGCAGACAACAUCAGGGAAAACAAAUAGACCUAAAUAUAGCCUCAUGGGUGGAGCAGUUUAUCUUCCAUUGGGCGAUUCCACUUUAGCUCUUGAUGAAGAAAUGCUACAAGUUAUGGAUGCUGUUGAUCUUUCUAAGGAUGAAGUUAAAAGGGGUGUUAAGGAAAAACAAAUUUCAGAUCCAUUUCUUCCUCCACAACCCACUACAUCGAACGCACUCAGCAAAAUGGAGAGAAACUCUGGAAUGAUGAAGGACCGGGAAACUAUUCCUUACACAAAUGGGGCGGGUGAUCCUCAGCAGAGAGGCUGUAGAUCUAGAGGGGAUUCUAACAGACCAGGAUGGAGCGCUGACUGCAAAGACCUGGCUCAGAAGCUUCUUUUCAGUGAGGACUCUGGUGAAGUAGACCAUCCUCAGAGAGACCAGCAGAAUAACCAUUCAGAUCGUCUCUCUGCCUCUGUCUGCACUCUGCCUUGUAUAGAAACAAGUAACAGUCGAAAAGCAGACGGCUCCGGCAAGCAGAAACUCAGAAGAAGAAACUCUCCUCCCAGUGAUAAGAACGCUAACUCGAGUGAGAACAUCAGUCCACCUCUGGAUGUAUCUACAAAAUACAUUUUAUUCAGUCCUACCCGCCUCGCAGCAGCCAGGCAAAGGGCCAAACUUCAGCAGUCAUUACAGAAUCAGUCUGCAUCUGUACUCACAGUGCCCAGCGGCCUGGAGCUCAGCAUGCUCAGCGACACACUUCCUCCACCAGGCGUGGCCUUGUGUGCUCCUGAGCAGCAGGCUGAAAAGCUGCUGUUAUCCAGCUGGGGCUUACCAAAGCCUGUUCUAGAGCGCUACCAGAAACACGGAGUCAUUCAGAUGUUUGAAUGGCAGGCUCAGUGCCUCACUGUUGGACAGGUUUUGCGUGGAGGGAACCUUGUGUACUCUGCCCCCACUAGUGCUGGCAAAACUUUGGUGUCGGAGUUGCUGAUCCUGAAGCGCGUGCUGGAGACCAAAAGAAAAGCGCUUUUCAUUUUGCCAUUUGUGUCUGUGGCCAAAGAAAAGAUGCACUACCUUCAGAGCGUGUUUGAAGAGGCUGGGAUUCGUGUGGAGGGCUACAUGGGGAGUACUUCAGCUGCAGGAGGGUUCGCUACCUUGGAUGUGGCUGUUUGCACCAUAGAAAAAGCCAAUUCUUUAAUUAACAGACUGAUUGAAGAAAAUAGCAUGGGUCUACUAGGCAUGGUGGUGGUUGAUGAGUUACACAUGGUUGGAGAUUCUGGAAGGGGAUACCUACUGGAACUGCUCUUAACCAAAAUCCGCUACAUCGCACAGAAGCAGAACACAUCAGGGUCUCUUUCAGAGGGCGUACAGAUCAUCGGUAUGAGUGCCACUUUGCCAAAUCUCUCUCUGCUGGCUAGCUGGUUGAGUGCAGAUUUGUACCAAACAGAUUACAGGCCCGUACCCCUGCAAGAACAUCUCAAAGUGGGAUGCAACAUAUACGACAAGAGCCUUUCCGUGGUUCGACAGUUUGCCCCUGCUCUUAAUAUUAAGGGCGACGACGAUCAUAUUGUGAGCUUGUGUUAUGAAACUGUGAACGAAGGCCACUCUGUGCUGCUGUUCUGUCCCUCGAAGAACUGGUGUGAAAAGCUGGCUGAUACCAUCGCCAGAGCAUUCUUUAACCUCAGACAUGCAGAUCUUCAGGGAGAAGGUGUGCCUCAGCCUGUGUGUCUAGAUACAGAGGGCUUAGAUGAUGUUAUAGCUCAGCUGAGGCGAACUCCAGCUGGUCUUGAUCCCAUCCUACAGUGCACUGUUCCAUGGGGGGUGGCCUUCCACCAUGCCGGGUUGACGUUUGAUGAGCGGGAUGUGCUGGAGGGAGCUUUCCGUCAGGGAUUGAUCAGAGUUCUGGCUGCCACCUCCACCCUUUCAUCGGGAGUCAAUCUUCCGGCUCGCAGGGUCAUCAUUCGAACUCCAACUUUUAACGGACGCUUGCUGGACCCGCUUACAUACAAACAGAUGGCUGGACGAGCAGGGAGAAAAGGAGUGGACACCACAGGUGAAAGUGUGCUUGUGUGUAAGCAGAACGAGCGUCAAAAGGGUAUUAGUCUCCUUACGGGAGUUCUUCAGCCAAUCAGCAGCUGCCUGGUGAGACGGGAAGGCGAGGGUGUAACCACCAGCAUGCUGAGAGCGAUCCUGGAGAUUAUUGUUGGAGGUGUGGCCAGCUCUCCACAGGAUGUGAGGCUGUACGCCUCAUGCUCCCUUUUAGCUGCCAGCAUGAAAAGUGACAACAAGACCGAAUCUAACAAGCAGACCAGCAAAGGAGCUAUUGAGUCUUGCGUUGAAUGGCUGAUGGGAAAUGAAUUUAUUAGUAUUCAACAGGAUGGGCAAGAUGAGCAGUAUUGUCCAACCCAACUGGGGGCUGCCACUCUUUCUUCAUCCCUCUCUCCUCCAGAGGCCUUGGGAAUAUUUGCAGAUCUCCAACGGGCAAUGAAGGGAUUCGUACUUGAAAAUGAUUUGCACAUUCUGUAUCUGAUUACCCCACUGUAUGCAGAGUGGACUACAAUAGAUUGGUAUCAGUUUUUCUGCCUGUGGGAGCAGAUGCCUUCCUCGAUGAAGAGAGUGGCGGAGCUGGUUGGUGUCCAGGAAGGCUUUCUUGCACGAUCUGUCAGUGGCAAACUUGUUGCCAAGACUGAAAAGCAGCUCAGACAGAUGGCCAUUCAUAAACGGUUUUUCACAACUCUUGUUCUCCAGGAUCUGGUCAGCGAAGUGCCUCUGGGAACUGUUGCUUCUAAGUACAACUGCAAUCGAGGACAGCUGCAGUCUCUCCAGCAAUCUGCUUCCACAUAUGCAGGAAUGGUGACGGUGUUCUGCAAGCGUCUGGGCUGGCAUAACAUGGAGCUGCUGUUGUCUCAGUACCAGACCAGGCUGAGCUUUGGAGUCCAGAGAGAGCUCGUCGAUCUGGUUCGGAUUUCCCUUCUGAACGCAACGCGAGCCAGAGCGCUCUACGCCCAGGGGCUCUGCACUGUAGCUGAAGUAGCCCGGGCCACAGUUCCCGACGUGGAGAAAGCGUUAAGGAAUGCCAUCCCAUUCAAGAGUUCUAAGCGAGCGGUGGAUGAGAGCGAGAUGGAGGCGGCGGAGAGGCGGAACCUGCGCUGUGUGUGGGUCACCGGUGGACGGGCUCUGACAGAGCAGGAAGCAGCUGCUGAGAUCGUCUCUGAAGCGAGGCUCCUCCUUCGAGAGGACCUGGCUCAGCUUGGAGUUCACUGGGAUCCAUCAGUACUUCCUCCACAGUCGUCCUCUGAAAGUAGCUCUGACGAUUACACCAGUGGGGAUUCAGAUGCUUCGUCUGCCUCUUACAUCAGCCCGCACCAAUCACCAACAGAUUGGACUAAAGAGCAUCAAGCGAGAAAGCGCAGGGACAAGAGGAAAGUCAGUGAGAAUCAUGGAGAGGAGGUUAGGCGAGAUGCAGAAAUCGACAAUGGGAAAGAUGUGUUAGAAGGAAAAACAACGAAGCAAGAUGUGACAAAAUCUGAAUUCUGUGAAGUUCUACUAGAAAGAAUGAAAGCAAAACCAAAGACAUCAGGCCAAAAUGAUGCUGAACAUGCAGAGAAAAAACAGGAAAACAAAGGGGAAAUGUUGGAAAAAAACAAAAUACAAGAAGAAGAGAUGAGUAAAGAAAACAAACAAAUUGGAGAAGCAAAUAUUCCCCAUUUCAAUCCUGAAAGGAGCCUAACACAAGAGCUGGCUGACAUUAUUUCCAGCCCUCUCCCUCAGCUGCCCCCUCAUGCUCAGCCCCUAUCCUCUCCAACCCCGGCCCCACGGUUCAGACCCCCGAUUUCUCGCUUAGAGCCACGACAAAGCACAGCAAAAGCAGACUUUUCUUCAUCCCCUCUGCAGCCAGGGAGACUUAAACACUCGAUCGCAUUAAGCAAAAUCCUCCAGUCAAUACAACCUGAUCGGGCUCUGCAGGAUCAGUUGCAGCCUGCUGACAGAUUACACUCAAAAGCCCAAGACAGAAGGCCUGUAACCUCUCAAGAAAAGUCAGAGGAUAUUUCUACACCUUCGCAUGCAGAUUUGUCAACAUCUUCUCCUGCCUCCGCUCCCCUGUUCACUCCUGAGGCCAAACGAAGACGAACCGAAGCCGGAGGGGUAGAUUCGUUUUCAUCUCCUGAGCUGUACACAGGCAGCAGGACUGAGGAAAUGGGGCAGGAUGGUGUGGCAGAAGAAAGUUUCAGCAAAAGCUUUGACUUGGACACUCAGACAGAAAGAAUCAUAGUUCAACAUGAGUUCAGUGGCCUAGCUGCAGAAACAGAUGAGGGAGUAGAACCGCUGAGGGUACAACAGGAGGAUUCAGUAGAGGGAGCUGAACAUGACAGAAGAAAUGAAGCUGAAGGCCUUCAGACAGUGUCUCCCAGAUUCAAUAUUUCUGUGACAGAGAGCCAGCUGGAGCUCAUCCUUAACACAGACCACAAAAUAUCUCCCAGUCCAGCUGGAAGAAGAAACGACCAAGAUAAAGACGAAAACACACGCGACUAUCUGCCCCCUAACAAUAACGAGGCUGCAGCAGAGAGUCCAAACAGAAGCAGCAGCUUCCUGUUUGACAGCAUGUACGACAGUCUUCUCCUGGAUGCUCUGCAACCAAACCAGUUACUUGAGCCAGCAGGUGAAGAAGAAUCUCCUAGCCCACGUCCCGCUCCAUCAGCCCAGCAGAGGCGACGCAGUGAGUGUCUCGCCAAUCAGGAGGCGGAGGAGCAGGAGGCGGUCCAGUGGGGCGAGUCCUUCUUCAAUCUGUCCGAGUGGGGGGACUCGCUCUUGGUGGGUGAACACUUUCUGGAGAGGCAGAGUUUACUGAGACACGCAGAGAGAACUGAAGAAAACCAAGAGCUGCAGCGACCAAACGAAGAUGAAGAUCUGAUUUUAAAAUCCCAAAAUGAGUCUGACGAGGAGAAACAAGGCAAUGAUCAGCCUUGCAAUCAAAAUGAUCAACAAUUUACUGAUAAAGGUUUAGAUGAGGGCAAAACUGCACAGCAGGUUGAAGAGAAAACCAAUAAAGAAAAAGAAAAUAAUGGGGAAAAUUUAGUUGUCAAACAGCUGCAUUUCCAAAAUUCACUUGAAAAUGCUUUUUAUUGCAGCCCUGGGUUACAGGACAUCUUUGACCGCUGGCCUAGUAUGUCUGACCAGCCAGGUGCUGCUGCUUCAACCACAGCAGAUGCUUCAGAGUUACCCCGUCCAGAGACACAUCUGGACAGAAAGAGGAAAAAAUCCCAACAUCUUGACGCUGCUCAAACGGUACAGGUCACAGAAAGACCAGGCUCUGCCGGUGACCUUAUUCCCCCAACGCAGGCCACGCCCCCUGUCACACCAAGACUGAAACUAACCACCUCCUCUGUCCACACACCUGUCGUCGCUCAGCCUCUCAAACAGUCGACGCCUUCAAACCGUCUUCAAGAAAAACGCGCCACAUCCCACGCUGCGAACAGUCACUUGAAGAAGGCAGCUGUUUCGUUUUUUGACAGCAGACCGCAGGAAAGACUCUGCCUCCCCCCAGAAAGUGUCGCCUCUCCACCGUCCCCCCAGCCCAAACCUCCAUCUGACACCGAGUCCUCUUUGAGCCCCGAGGGUUUCUCUCUCCAGCUGUCCCAGGAGGCCUCCAUCUGUUGCAGCAACUCUGGGAGCUUUUCCAUCAUAGACGUGGCGAGCGACAGACGGCUUUUUGAUACUUUCAUUAAAGAGUGGAAAACAAAAGCGCGGUUCUCUAUUGCUUUGGCUUGCGAGAAGACAGAGUGCGGGCAGCACCCUGAGGAUGAAAUGGGAGGGAAACAUAAGAAAGCAUCAGAAGCUCAUCUAACACUUGAUGGUUUUCCAGUAAGAGACACAGAAGGCCUUACUUUGACUGGACUUUCUGUCUGCUGGGGAGCCCGAGAUGCAUACUAUAUUUCUCUACAGCAGGAGCAGAGAAAAGGUCUGAGCUCCAGUCUGGCUCCUCCUCCACUCGAUGAUGCUCUGCCGGUAAGGGAAAGGCUGGAACAGGUGAAGGUCUGUCUGAGCGGACAGUUGACCCGUCUCAAGGGCCGUGUGGCUGUCGUGUAUAACAUCAUCAAGGUGUACAAGAGGCUGGUACAGAGCUGUGGCAUCAGCCUGGAGGGAAAUUGUGAGGAUCCAAAGGUUGCCUGCUGGCUGCUGGAUCCUGGCAGUGAGGAAAGAACUCUUCCCAACAUGGUGACUGUCUAUUGUCCCGAAGAAUUACCCCUGCUGGAUGGUCUCGGGAACGCACUUUCCCACUGUCCUCGAGUCAGGGCUGCAACCAAGAGUGUCCUCAUACAUGCUGUGAUGAACCAUCUCUCCGGUCUGCUAGAGCAAGAUGGCACACUGGAUGUGUUUAGGAGGAUAGAGAUGCCUUCCCAGGUUUGUCUGGCUCUGUUAGAACUGAACGGAGUUGGCUUCAGCGUGGAGGAGUGUGAGAGACAAAAACAUGUGAUGCAGGCCAAACUGUCGGCGCUGGAAGCUGAGGCUUACAGCUUGGCUGGACACACCUUCUCCCUCACAAGUGUUGACGAUAUAGCACAGGUGUUGUUUUUGGAGCUUCAUCUGCCUCCAAACGGAGAUAUAAAUGGACCAAGAAAUAAGAAGACUCUGGGUUACACCAGGAGAGGCGGCAGCAGAGUGCGACUUGGGAAGCAGUUCAGCACCACCAAGGAUGUUUUAGAAAAACUUCGCCCCCUGCACCCUUUGCCAGCUGUGGUCCUGGAGUGGCGGAGAAUCACCAACGCCUUGACUAAAGUGGUGUUUCCCCUGCAGAGGGAGAAGCAGUAUCAUCCUACCUUGGAUAUGGACAGGAUAUAUCCCAUCGCACAAACACACACGGCAACAGGCAGAGUGAGCUUCACUGAGCCAAACAUCCAGAACGUCCCCAAAGAUUUUGAGAUUUGCAUGCCUACAGAGGUCGGAGAAAGCCCUCCUUCUCAGGGUGGCUUCCAGAUGCCCAACAAACUAGGAAAGAGGAGAAACUCUGCUGCUCCUUUUCCUGCAGCUGCAGAACAAGGCCCGGCCUUCUCUGUCAGCAUGAGACAUGCAUUUAUUCCCUUCUCAGGAGGAAUGAUACUGGCAGCUGAUUACUCUCAACUGGAACUGAGAGUGCUGGCUCACCUCUCGAAGGAUCAGCGCCUCCUGCAGGUGCUGAAUGGAGGAGCUGAUGUGUUUCGUUGCAUUGCUGCCGAGUGGAAAAAUGUUGACCCAGAGUCUGUGCAGGACAGCCUCAGACAACAGGCAAAACAGAUUUGCUACGGCAUCAUCUACGGAAUGGGAGCAAAGUCACUUGGGGAGCAAAUGGGAGUAGAGGAGGACGACGCUGCCUGUUACAUCGAGAGUUUCAAAGCAAGAUACAAAGGGAUCAACACUUUUCUUAAACAGACUGUAAAGAAGUGCUUAAAGGACGGCUAUGUUCAGACGCUGAUGGGCCGCCGGAGAUAUUUAGCUGGGAUCUCCAGCACAAAUCCACACGUCAAAGCUCAUGCAGAGCGCCAGGCGGUGAACACGACGGUGCAGGGUUCGGCAGCUGACAUCGUCAAACUGGCUACCAUCAACAUCCAGAAACGGUUACGAAAAACGUAUCCUGCAGCCCCAUUGUCUCACCAACACACACACUCAGCUCACGGUCGCCGCAGGAUUGGGACGUCUCGGCUCAGGGGAGCCUAUUUUAUCCUCCAGCUGCAUGAUGAGCUCAUCUACGAAACCACAGAACAGGAUCUCAUACAGGUUGCACAGAUAGUCAAAAGGGAGAUGGAGUCAGCAGUGAAGCUGUAUGUGAAGCUCAAAGCCAAAGUCAAAGUUGGACCCAGUUGGGGAAACCUGCAGGACCUCGAUAUAUAAACUGAAUCCUAAAUGAUGAAA